AUGGUUAAGAAACGAAAGAGCAAAAAAUCCUUCAAAGAAGUUCAAGUUGCUUCCAACUACAUUGAAACAACAGAUCUCAUUGAUCCCUGGAUUGAAAGAACUCGCGAUCAAAUUUUGCAUGUCUCUAAAUGACGCCAAAUACGUAUUAGCACUUCUGAAGAAGAUAAAACAAGUUACCCAGAAGGAUAUCCCUAUGAAUAUAUCUUAGAUUUCAUUGCAGGUGAGUCUGAUACCGUUGAAAACCCUCUCCCAGUAAGUGAAGCAGAAGAAUUCGCUAUCAAAGCUGAUGAACUGUUAACAGAAUUUUCUUCAAAAGCCCCAGAGUAUGACCUCAACGACAGCCUCUUGAAUUACAAACUUGAUAAAGAAGUCACAAUCGGCCAAAUGUUAGACGCAAUAAAAAUUUCACCAUAUCAAUACGAGUUCCAAACUUACCUUGAACAAAACCAAUGAAACACGAUUAACACUAUAAAAAUCAAGCCCAAGGAAGAAGACCUUAUUAUUGAAACUAUUGAUCAUUUGAAAAGAGGCUUAUCACUCAAAGAGACUACUAACGAAAUGAAAGGCCGAGUCUCCUAUGAGAAAGUCAAAGACAUUUUUAAAAACUACAAAAUCUAUGGAGAAAAAUAUGUCAGAAAAGUCAAAAGGAAACUGACUCCUGCGUUAAAGCCUGAACAUUUACAAUUUCUCAAAGAAAUAUCUGAAGAUCCAAGGAACACAGUUUUAUCAGGAAGAGAAAGGAAGUUGCUAUUGUGCAAUCAUUUUGGAAUAAGAAUUGGAACAGAUCACGUAAGGCAAGCUUUAAAAGAAAUGGGCUAUUCUAUUAAAAGAAUUAGAACUUUUGUCCCAGAAGCUGACAGAGUUUCUCAUAAAAAUGCCAGAUGCAGAGUUGCUCAGCAAUUAAUCCUUCUUCAACAGAGUGGAAAAGAAUUAGUCAGCAUUGAUGAAUGUCAAGUAAAUAGAGGAGAAACAGCGCAUUAUGGGUGGGCGAAAAAAGGUCAAAAAGCUCUAAAUAUUAAUGGAUUUAAAGGAAAACCACUACAAAUUAUUACAGCAGUGAGGUCGUGCGGAUUGCUUGGAUAUAUAAUUCGGCCCAAAAAAAUUGAUCAAUUUGGCUAUAAACAUUUUCUGGGAUUAAUUUUUGGAAAGCUAAAAGAAAUUGAUCCUGUGAAUUAUAAAGACAGAUUCUUUUUAUUUAUGGACAAUGCAUCAGCACAUAAAACAAAACUUGUGAAGGAUUACAUAGAAACUCAAGGAAUUACAGUACUUUGCAAUGCCCCAAUGACUCCGCAACUGAAUCCUAUAGAAUAUAUCUUUUCUAUGUUUAAAUGAAAUUUGAGAAGGAUGCCUAUGAGCAAUGAUGAGGCAUUGAUUGAAUAUAUUUAUGAUGCAUUUAAAAGAAUCAGGCCAAGACAUAUUUAUAAUGCCUAUAUUCACUCUAUUAGAUCUUAUAAAGCCUCGCUGAGAUAUGAGCAAUUGCAUGACGCAAGAGGAUACAAUAAAAUUGACGCAAAAAUUAAAUUUUCAGGAAAACAUAUAAAAGCUUUAAUCAAUUUUGAUAAGCUUAACACGAAAAAGCAAGAAGAUUAA